CAGGCGGGGAGCGGGUUGCGAAAGACCCUCACCGAUGAAACGUUUCCAUUUGCAGUUGUCACUCAAGUGAGUUGCGUGUCCUGGGAUGUCAGAGUCGGGUAGCGUGAGCAGGCGAAUGGGAAGGCAGAUCGGAUCGUGUCGGGACGAGCCCACACGUGUGCACACGAGGAAGAGGUGGUGCUGAGACUCUCCAGUCUGGCCAGAUGUCUAAACAAGAGCAAUGUGGGCUGUUCUCCGGAAGGAGUCGGUUAGCCGCAAAAGUGUCAAUGGUUAUAAAGGCAUGAGGACGAGGAGGAGGUGAGCAAAUCGAGCAUUAAACACACACGCACACACCCCCCACGCACGCACGCGCACACAAAGCACCGGGGGGGAAUACGGGCGCAUCGCCGGAGUGGAGAGGUCAGUCUGCCUCCAAGACGCCUUCGCUUCGCAUCGUGCAGCCAAGGAAGGAAUUACAGCCGGCAAUCAGAAACGACAGCAACGUGGCCGCUCCGUGAUUAAACCCGUCUUUGCUUCUCUUUUUUUUUUUUUUUGCAGCUCCAGGACCACUCGUGUCUUGAGGAGAACUUCACCGCCGCUUUAAACUCCUUCCACUUGGGAUGAUUACAGGAUUAUCCAGUUGCGCCUGAAGGGAAGCCCCCUCUUCACCGAGAACACCGACCUGUCUUGUUGCCCAUCGGAGGGGACCAAGGUGAACGGGGUGAGGGGUUUCUUAAAUUCAAUUUUCAGUAUGUUGUUCGUGAAACCCCAGCACACUGCAUUAUAAUGCGCAAAUGGAUACUACCAUGGAUCCUGCCGACUUCGCUCUUCAGAUUGUACUUUCACGUUAUCUUUCUAGUGGGCAGUGUGUCUUGGGCUUGUAAUGACAUGACUUCUGAGCAACUGGCUGCCAAUUCGAGCUGCUCCAGCCCCGAAAGACACACACGAAGUUACGACUACAUGGAGGGUGGGGAUGUAAGGAUAAGGAAACUCUUCUGCCGGACGCAAUGGUAUUUGAGGAUCGAUGAGACGGGCAAAGUUGGAGGGACGCACGAGCCAAACAACAGCUAUAGUAUUCUGGAAAUAAAGACAGUUUCGGUUGGAGUGGUCGCAAUCAAGGGCGUGGAAAGUGAAUAUUUUUUGGCAAUGAACAAGUCUGGAAAAUUAUAUGGGAAGAAAAUUUGCAAUGAGGACUGCAACUUCAAGGAAAGGAUUGAGGAGAACAAGCACAACACGUACACCUCUGCGAAGUGGACACAUGGCGGCAAAGAAAUGUUGAUUGCUUUGAACUCCAAAGGUGCACCGAUAAAAGGCAAAAGAACAAAGAAGGAAAGCAAGGCAUCCCACUUCCUGCCUAUGCUCGUAUUUUAAUCACUGUGUUGCUCUCCUGACCCUAUCAAGACAUGGACGGUGUCUGUGCUGCCGUUUCAGAGAGGAUUUAAAGAGGACGCUGGUACAGCAGAACUACUGAAGAAAAGAAAAAAAAAUGACACAAGCUGGACUUGCAUUGAACAAAAAUGUUCAAGUCAACCCUAAAGGAUGACGGUGAGCAGAGCUAUUUUGAUAGAAAGAAAGUAAGAAGAAAACAAAUCACACCUUGUUAUGGGAGACGCUAGUGACUUGUCAAUUCCUUUGAUAUUUAUCCAGCUGCUAAAUUUACUCAAAGAAAUGUAAAAUGUGUGGAGUACAGAAUGUCAGAUUUUGAAUAAAAAGCUGUUUCGAUCAGCUAAGCAAUGUUUAAAGCUAUGACUGAGAUUUAAACUUUAAUUAUAGCCGAUCAGCAAAUGGCUGAAGAAUAAUAUAUACAUAUAUAUAUAUAUAUAAAUAUAGUAUAUAUACAGCAAACAGUAUAAACUUUACCUGCACCAUUUCACUAUCUGCAGACUGUUGCUAUUCUUUUUACUAAUCAGUCAUAAUUUGAAGUUACCCGCACAAUUUUUAAACAAUAUACCAACUUGUUCAUUUAAUGUACAGAAUAAGUAACAGCCCUUUAGUUCAUCUCAUUAACUCCCAGCAUUUUGGCAGAAAUAAAAUUUAAAAUUGCCUGUUGUAUCUUUUGCUGUACUAAAACUGUUCUGUAUAUAAUGAUAUUUCUAGAUCUCCAGAUUCAUUCAUUAAAGUUAUUCUACAGUCUGUAUAUUGCAUCAGUAUUCGAAUGUGUUUAAAGGUUGUGUUUUAACUAGAUUGUUCUAUGUUAUUUAAAAUUGUUGUUAUUUAUAUAAAGUUCAUGUUAAAUUA